UCUAACGAGGCAAAAGAUAUUAAAGAUGAACAGAAACUAGACAUCAUGAGACAUUGAAAUGUCUCGUGAUGAUGACAUUUUUUUUUAUUUAAUCCUCUUGUUUCCUGUUUAAAGUUUACUUCCCCUUCCCAGAGUUUGUGUAGCAGCUUGUUCUCUCCGUGUGGAGCUCCAGCUGAAGAUGGAGCUGUGAUUCAUCAGGAAACCAACUCUUCUUCAUCAACUCAGAAACUGACCCAUCAGAGACCAGAGUCUCCUGAACCUGAGCCUAGCUGUCUGUCUAUGAAGAGUGACCGGUCCAUGGAGACACCGCUACUUUAAAAAACAAGGCGACCUGUAAGGGACAGGCCAAUUAAAAUGGAGGAGAGGAGAAGGAAGAGUCCAACACAGAAGGAAAGGGAGGAACAUAUUGAAAUAAAGAGCCAAAGACUGAGGACCCAUCAGAGACCAGACCCUGCUGAACCUGAACUUGAACCUGAACCUGAACCCGAACCUGAACCCAGCUGUGUGUCCUUGAAGAGCGACCAGUCAAAGGCGGAUGUGAUUGAUUUUAAACAUGUUUCUGACAUAAAAGUGGACCAGGAGAGCUCAGAGGUUCCCAUUGGUCAGUCUGCCCAGCAGCAUCAAACACACUUGGACUCCAUAUUUAUGCUGCUGGAGGAGAAUAUCGUCACUUAUGUGAAGAAUGAGCUGAAGAAGAUCCAGAAGGUUCUGAGUCCAGAUUACCCAGAAUGCUCAGAGAGUAAGAGGGAGGAUGUGGAUGAAGAGCAGAGGAGCAGAGAGGCAUUUCUGAAGAUCACACUGUACUUCCUGAGGAGAAUGAAGCAGGACGAGCUGGCUGACCGUCUGCAGAGCAGAAGUCCUGCUGGAGUUUGUAAGCGUAAACUGAAAUCCAACCUAAACAAAAAGUUCCAGUGUGUGUUUGAGGGGAUUGCUAAAGCAGGAAACCCAACCCUUCUGAAUCAGAUGUUCACAGAGAUCUACAUCACAAAGACAGGGACUGUAGAGGUCAAUGCUGAACAUGAGGUCAGACAGAUUGAAAUAGCGUCCAGGAAACCAGACAGACCAGAAACAACAAUCAGACAAGAAGAUAUCUUUAAAACCCCACCUGGAAGAGAUGAACCAAUCAGAACAGUGAUGACAAAGGGAGUGGCUGGCAUCGGCAAAACAGUCUUAACACAGAAGUUCACUCUGGACUGGGCAGAAGACAAAGCCAACCAGGACAUCCAGUUCACAUUUCCAUUCACCUUCAGAGAACUGAAUGUGCUGAAAGAGAGAAAGUACAGCUUGGUGGAACUUGUUCAUCACUUCUUUAGUGAAACCAAAGAAGCAGGAAUCUGCAGGUUUGAAGAGUUCCAGGUUGUGUUCAUCUUUGAUGGUCUGGAUGAGUGUCGACUUCCUCUGGACUUCCUCAACACUGAGAUCCUGACUGAUGUUACAGAGUCCACCUCAGUGGAUGUGCUGCUGACAAACCUCAUCAGGGGGAAUCUGCUUCCCUCUGCUCGCCUCUGGAUAACCACACGACCUGCAGCAGCCAAUCAGAUCCCUCCUGGGUUUGUUGACAUGGUGACAGAGGUCAGAGGUUUCACUGACCCACAGAAGGAGGAGUACUUCAGAAAGAGAUUCAGAGAUGAGGAGCAGGCCAGCAGACUCAUCUCCCAAAUCAAGACAUCACGAAGCCUCCACAUCAUGUGCCACAUCCCAGUCUUCUGUUGGAUCACUGCUACAGUUCUGGAGGAUGUGUUGAAGACCAGAGAGGGAGGAGAGCUGCCCAAGACCCUGACUGAAAUGUACAUUCACUUCCUGGUGGUUCAGUCCAAAGUAAAGAACAAGUUUGAUGGACGAGCUGAGACAGAUUCACCCUGGAGUCCAGAGACCAGGAAGAUGAUGGAGUCUCUGGGAAAACUGGCUUUUGAGCAGCUGCAGAAAGGCAACCUGAUCUUCUAUGAAUCAGACCUGGCAGAGUGUGGCAUCGAUAUCAGAGCAGCCUCAGUGUACUCAGGAGUGUUCACACAGAUCUUUAAAGAGGAGAGAGGACUGUACCAGGACAAGGUGUUCUGCUUUGUCCAUCUGAGUGUUCAGGAGUUUCUGGCUGCUCUUCAUGUCCAUCUGACAUUCACCAACUGUGGAGUCAAUCUGCUGUCAGACAAACAAACAACAUCCACACAGUUCUACCAGAGUGCUGUGGACAAGGCCUUACAGAGUCCAAAUGGACACCUGGACUUGUUCCUCCGCUUCCUCCUGGGUCUUUCACUGCAGACAAAUCAGAAUCUCCUGCGAGGCCUACUGACACAGACAGUAGGUAGCUCACAGACCAAUCAGGAAACAGUCAAGUACAUCAAGAAGAAGAUCAGUGAGAAUCUGUCUGCAGAGAGAAGCAUCAAUCUGUUCCACUGUCUGAAUGAACUGAAUGAUAGUUCUCUAGUGGAGCUGAUCCAACGAUACCUGAGUUUAGAACUCUCCUCAUUUCAACUGUCUCCUGCUCAGUGGUCAGCUCUGGUCUUCAUCUUACUGUCAUCUGAAUAUCUGGACGUGUUUGACCUGAAGAAAUAUGGUGCUUCGGAGAAGGCUCUUCUGAGGCUGCUGCCAGUGGUCAAAGCCUCCAACAAAGCUCUACUGAAUGGCUGUAACCUGUCAGAGAGAAGCUGUGAAGCUCUGUCCUCACUUCUCAGCUCCCAGUCCUCUAGUCUGAGAGAGCUGGACCUGAGUAACAACAACCUGCAGGAUUCAGAAGUGAAGCUGAUCUCUGUUGGACUGAAGAGUCCACACUGCACACUGGAGACUAUCAGACUGAGUGGCUGUAACCUGUCAGAGAGAAGCUGUGAAGCUCUGUCCUCAGUUCUCAGCUCCCAGUCCUCUAGUCUGAGAGAGCUGGACCUGAGUAACAACAACCUGCAGGAUUCAGGAGGGAAGCUGAUCUCUGAUGGACUGAAGAGUCCACACUGCACACUGGAGACUCUCAGGGUGGAGCCUGCUGGAGUCAGAUGGUUGACACCAGAUCUGAGAAAGUAUUCCUGUGAACUCACACUGGACACAAACACAGUGAACAGAAAACUCAAACUGUCUGACAACAACAGGAAGGUGACAUUAGUGAAGGAGGAUCAGCCAUAUCCUGAUCAUCCAGAGAGGUUUGACUCCUGGGAACAGCUGCUGUGUAGAGAUGGUCUGACUGGUCGCUGUUACUGGGAGGUAGAGAGGAGAGGAAGGGUUGAUAUAUCAGUGAGUUACAGAGGAAUCAACAGGAGAGGAUACAGUGAUGAUUGUUGGUUUGGAUGUAAUGAUCAGUUCUGGAGUCUGGACUGCUCUCAUGGUGAUUACUCUGUCUGUCACAAUAGCAGAAGAACAUCCAUCUCCUCCCCCCCCUCUGGUAGAGUAGCAGACAUCUCCUCCUCCUCUCCCUCUGGUAGAGUAGCAGUGUAUGUGGACUGUCCUGCUGGCUCUCUGUCCUUCUACUCAGUCUCCUCUGACUCACUGAUCCACCUCCACACCUUCAACACCACAUUCACUCAGCCUCUCUAUCCUGGGUUCAGGAUCUGGUCUUCUGGUUCCUCAGUGUCUCUGAGUCCUCUGGAGGACGGAGAGUCUCCUCCUGUUUCUCACAGCUGAUCAGUUGAGUCUGUACAGGAUCACACUAACAGAAAUAUCUCAGCUUAUUGUUAUGAACUAAUGAAUGAACUUUGUAUAAAAUAAUCCAGAAUGAUUGAAGAGCUUCCUCGUGAACAUUGUAAACUUGUUCCACUUCCAGUCCUUUAAAGAUGGAAGCUGUGAUCAUGAAAUCGUAGAAAUUAACGUUGACUUGUGUCAUGUUUAGUUUUAAGUUCUGUCUAUUUUCACAAUAAAAGAAUAAAGUUA